AUGGCACCCUCGGCCAUCACUCACUCACCCCCUACUCGGGCUGUGAACCCUUCAACCACAACUGACAGCACUUUUGCCGUUCAGCCACCAGCCAACUUUGUCGGAUAUGACCAUAUCACUUGGUGGGUAGGAAACGCUAAGCAAGCUGCUUCAUAUUACACAACCCUCUUCGACUUUAAGCACAUUGCCUACCGUGGCCUGGAGACUGGCAGCCGCUACUUUGCUUCAUAUGUCAUCGCCAACGAUGAGGUCCGCUUCGUCUUCACAUCCCCCGUCCGCUCAGCGGAGCAUCUUCCCGAAGACGAGCCCAUCUCAGAUGCCGACAGGAAGCUGUUGAAGGAGAUGCAUGCUCACUUGGAAAGACACGGUGAUGCUGUCAAGGAUGUGGCCUUUGAAGUAGAAAAUGUCGAGGCCGUCUAUCACAAGGCCGUUGAGCAGGGCGCCAAUGCGGUCGAAGCUCCCCGUACCCUGAAAGACCCAGAACACGGCUCUGUCACCCUCGCGUCGAUCUGCACGUACGGUGACACCACACAUACUCUCAUCAACCGCAGCUCAUACACCGGGCCCUUCCUCCCCGGGUUCCGUGAGGGCAAGAAGUCCACCGCCGCCGUCUCACUACCAAAGGUCCCCCUCGCACGCAUUGAUCACUGCGUGGGCAACCAGUCAUGGCACGAGAUGGUGUCGGCCUGCGCCUUCUACGAGCAGUGCCUCUCCUUCCACCGCUUCUGGUCGGUCGACGACUCCCAGAUCAGCACCGAGUUCUCCGCCCUCAACUCCAUCGUCAUGGCCUCGCCCAACAACCUCGUCAAGAUGCCCAUCAACGAGCCCGCCCCGGGCAAGAAGAAGUCCCAGAUCGAGGAGUACGUCACCUUCAACUCGGGCCCCGGCGUCCAGCACAUCGCCCUCCUCACCAAGGACAUCAUCACCUCCGUGUCCGCCCUGCGCGCCCGCGGCGUCGAGUUCAUCAACGUCCCGCCCUCGUACUACGACACCAUGCGCCAGCGCCUCAAGACCGAGAAGCGCAACUGGGAGCUCAUGGAGGACUUCGACACCAUCCAGAGCCUCAACAUCCUCAUCGACUACGACGAGGGCGGCUACCUGCUCCAGCUCUUCACCAAGCCCCUCAUGGACCGCCCCACCGUCUUCAUCGAGAUCAUCCAGCGCAACGAGUUCGAGGGCUUCGGCGCCGGCAACUUCAAGAGCCUGUUCGAGGCCAUUGAGCGUGAACAGGCUGAGCGCGGGAACCUGUAA